AUGCAGGAUCGAUGCAUGUUGAUAGGAGAGUCGAUAAGGAAUAUUCCUUUGCAUAAGAAGAAUCUCGAUUUGGGAACAAAGGAGAUCUUUUUAUCGAAUUUGGUUUUGAUUUCUCAAGAAGAUGCACAGAUUUUGGAGGUUAAUGAGGAAUUUACAUUGAUGAAUUGGGGAAAUGCAAUUGUUAAGGAGAAGAUAGAGGAGAAAGGCAUUGUUAAGACAAUGAAAUUUCUAUUAAACUUGAAUGGUGAUUACAAAACCACCAAAAACAAGAUAACCUGGAUUUCCAAGAAGGGCUCCUCUUUUGUGAAGUUUUAUGAGUAUGGAAACUUACAGAAUGAGUCAGCUAGUGAAGACUUAGUAGAAAAAUUCAAUAAGGAGUCCAAGAAAGAAGAAUGGUGGAUUGCAGAAGGUGCUAUUUCCAAGACAAAAGUGAAUGAUUUUGUUCAGAUUGAACGAAUUGGAUUUUUCAGAUGUGAUAAAUCAAUGGAAUUUAAUUUGAUUCCGUUUACUAAACAAAAGAGGAAGAUUUAG